AUGCUCGAAGAACAGAAUAAUAAUAUUCAUCAACAAGAUGAUGCUGCGGUUGCGGAAUUGAAAAAACAAAGACAAUCAUAUGUUAGUUAUAUGAUUGUUGUUGCCUUAGUGAUUGCUAUUGCCACUGUUGGUGUUGUUUCUUAUUCAUUCAUUCCAUCAUUACUUUCAUCAAAAUAUAUUGGGAAGGAGAGCAAUAUUCCUCCUGCACAAGAUGUUGAGGAAUUUCUCAAGCUCAAGAUGAAAAAGUAUCCAAAUGGACCAACUAUCAAAUUUAAAUCCUUCAUGAACGAAGAGAAUACCAUCAGUCAAAAUGAAAUGUCUUUUGGAUAUUCAUUGACGAGUGAAAAUAAUCUUGCUUUGAGCAGAGCCAAAUUGUUGGCAUUGACCAAUGCUGUAAAACGUCAAUUACCAACAGGAGAGGAAAUUAUUGAGGAACCAAAACGUCAAUUCAUUGUCAAAUUGAAGAGCAAGAGUAUUUCCAAGGUUUCAAUCAUGAACAUGUUGGAAACAAGUUUAGAAAAGAAUGAAGAACCUGCCUUCACCAAGGACGCUGUCAAAUUUAACAAUAUUUUGGCACCAGGAGUUGUCUCUAUUGUUGCCAAGGCCAGUGACCUCUUGGAACAUAUUGGACAAGAUAAUUCCAUUGAAUGGAUUGGAGAAUAUGAAAAUAGAUUCAAGUCAACACUUAACUUUAAAAAGAUUCAACAAAAGGCUUCAGAAAUGAAGAGAAAUCCUCCAAAAGUUGAUAAUGCUAGAAGAAAUGUUUUCAAUGCAACCCAAAAACUUAGUUCAAAAUCUACACCUUUUGGUUUGGAUCCAAAUAUGGUGGAGGUGAUCAUUUCCCUCGUUCCAUCUCUUGAAGCAAUCAGAGCAGGUACUGAAAUGGAGGAAGCUGAAAACUUUGCCAAUCAAUUCAACAAGAUUCUUGCUGAAAGUUAUGUCUCUGGUAUUCAAUACAAACCAAUGAAAGUCCUCGAUCAAACCAAGUGUGGAUUGAGCUUCUCUCCUCUCAUUGCCUCUCGUGUUGGUGAUUUGUUGAUGGAAAAUCAAAAUGUUCACUUUAUCGAAAGAAAGCUCUUCCUCACUCUUCAAAACAGAUAUGCUCAAAAGUUGAUGCAAAACAUUGACCCAUCAGCUACCUCUCCAGAUUCACCAAUGUAUGCUUUAGGUAUUACUGGUACCAAUCAAGUUGUUGCUAUUGCUGAUACUGGCCUCGAUUUUGAUAACUGUUUCUUCUCUGAUAGUUCAAGACCAAUGACAUUUGAUACUAUGAACAGUCUCAGAAGAAAGGUUGUCUAUUACAAGACAACUUAUGCUGAUAAUUAUGAUGGAGUUGAUGGCCAUGGUACCCACGUUUGUGGUAGUGUUGCUGGUUCCAUCGAAAAUGCUGAUCUUAAUACUGGCUUGAACCAAUAUCAUGGUGUUGCUCCUGGAGCCAAGAUAUUCUUUACUGAUUUGGAAAAGACAUCACAACCAGGAUCCCUCAUGAUUCCUGAUCCAAUCUCUAACUUAUUCUCUGUUCCAUACAGUAUGGGGGCUAGAAUUUUCUCGAACAGUUUUGGGUGUGGCCCAGAAUCAUUGGUUGAUUGUGCUUACAAUUGCCAAUCUUGUAAAUUGAGAGUUUCAAUUCAAGGAUACGACGAAGGACAAGUUGUCACUAAUGAAGAUUGUAAGCUCAUUUUUGGUGUUCCAACAUGCUGCGAAGCUUGUAAUGUUUACAAUACUCAAUGUCAAGAUACUGACACAUUCUUAUGGAAUAAUAAGGAAGCCAUCAUCUUGUUCUCUCAAGGUAACUCUGGAGCAAUCUCUGAAUUUGGUAAUACAGGUUACCCAGCUGUCUCUAAGAACACAUUGACUGUUGGUGCUCAUCAAACUUCAAAUGCUGGUUAUGUUGAUGGUGUCAAUUACGACGAUUUCUUACACAAGAUGCAACAAGCUGGUUUGCCUUGGACAUCAACUGCAGAAUGCUGUGCCUACAGUGGAUACAACAAAGAUGAAGUGCGUGCAUACUGUUGCCCAUCAGCUAUUAAAACUGGUUAUUCAAGUCAACCAAACAAUUAUAAUGAAAACAAUUUAGCCAGUUUCUCUAGUAGAGGACCAGCCAUGGGAGGAAGAAUCAAGCCUGAUGUUGUCGGUGUUGGUCAAACAGUUAUUUCUACGCACUCUGAUGGUACAACAACAUCAAAGAAUUGUGGAACUCAAUCACCUCAACUCAAUAAUAAUGCUGCUCUUUAUUUACUUAGUGGUACUUCAAUGGCAACACCAAUCACAGCUGGUGCAGUGGCUCUUGUUCGUCAAUUCUUCCAAAAGACCUUGUCCAUUAGUAAUCCAAGUGGUACUCUUUUGAAGGCUGCUAUCAUUAAUUCUGCUUCACCACUUACUGGAACUGUUGCUUAUUCCAAUGACGAAACUUCAAGAUUCAAUAUCAAACAAAAAUAUGGAUCUCCAAACUUUUAUGACGGUUUUGGUAAGGUUCAAUUAGGUGGCCUCUUAAAUGACAAGUAUAACAAUCCAGUCACUUUGGUUUUCGCUGACAAUACAUUCACAUCCCAAGCUCAAACUGCUAGACUCUGUUUGAGAUUAAAGAAGACUGUUACUGCCAAAUCCGUUUUCAGAACCACAGUCACUUGGUACGAUUAUCCAGGAAGUACAUCUGUUCAAGGUGGUCUUGUUCAUGACUUGGAUAUUUAUGCCAAUACUUAUGUUCAAAGUCUCUCAACAGGAGCCACAUCAGGAUUGUCAAUUUUUAUUGCUAAUGGAAAGACAGAUUUCGGUGACUCUGAAAACAAUGUUGAAAAGCUUGAAAUUGAUCCAAUCACAAACCCAUCCAAUGCUGACUCUUCAUUAAUGCUCUCUAUCCAAAUCAUGAAUUUUGGAAUCAUGUCAGGACAAAGUCAAUCAUUCUCAUUCAUUUCCUCUAUUGCAAAUGGUUUCUGGGAGCAAUUAUCUCCUUCAGCAUGUAUCUUUAAGACUUCUUACGAUACAACUGCUAGUGUUCAAUCAACUGUGAAUGUUCCUCGAUCUGUUAAUGUUUCUGAUGUUUUGCCACCAAGCAAUAUUCAAAUCACUCGUGUCACACCAGAUACCAUCCAAUUGCAUUGGGAAAAGCCAAACCAAAUGGAUUACGAUUUCCAUGUAAUGUACGAUUCAACUGUUCUCAACACUAAGGACACUACAAUUUCAAUUACAGGUUUGAAGGCUGGUGUUUCUUACAAUUUGCACAUUUUCUCUUCCAUUGAAAAUGUUCUCUCAACAAAGGUUUCCAUGACUGUGAGUACAUUGUCUCCUCGUAUUGUUACUGCCACCUCUGGACAAUCAAUAACUUUGAGAUCAUCAAUGGUAUUCAACUUUGAAGUUCCACAAGGAGGUAAAAUGAUUGUGGAUAUGCCAGAUACUUUCAAGCUUGAAGAAACUAUUGCAAGAGGUCUUGUCGAUCCAAACUUUAACAUUCUCGAUUUGGGCACUGGAGAUUACCUUCAAUUUUCCACAAUGGAAAAGAAUACCACAGAUGGUAUUAUCCAAGUUACCUUUGCUCAAACAGUUCCUGUCACUGAGUGCGUUUUCACUAUUAAGGCAACCACCACAGCAAUCAGAGAUUUGGACAACUUUGCAAAUGUUAAGACAUUUGGUGUCGAUGGUUCACAAAUUGAAUUGAACACUCUCCCUCUUCCAAAAUUGAUCAAUCCAGAAAAUCCCAAUCCUAACAAUGAUUCCUUCACUCCAAUGCCAGUCAACCCAAGACCAAUCAUUCCAAGCUUUUCGUACGUCACCAACAAUACUGAAGAGGCUCUUCGUGGACUCUCCAUUUCUACAGGUGUUUUGGCAGGUGCUACAGCUCUUGCAUUGGUUGGUGUCCUUGUCAUUGGUAUUAUUCUUGUUUGGUUCGUUUGUAAGAAUAAGAGAAAACCAACCCAACAAACUGCAACUCCAAGUUCAAUGGUUGUCGAAGAAGACUCUUCUGUAUAUUAUAGAAAGGACCAAAGAUUGGAAUAA